AUGGCACCCAAGUGGGAGUGCACAAAGUGUCUGGAAGACAACAGCGAUUCGGAAGAAGUUUGCCAAUGGUGCGACACAGCGCGGGACGAGGCAGACCCAGUUCGCAUCGAGCAGCGGGCUGCACGGGAGGCGGCGGCGCAGGCUGCCCGGGAUGCCGCCAAGGAGGCAGCUAAAGAGGCUGCCAGGGCAGCUCGGGAGCGGCAUGCUGAAGCGCCAGGCGGCUAUGCUCCGACAGGCCAGUAUUUCUCUCCUUUCCCUCCUUUCCCUCAGCCUUCCAAGCCUUCGCACCUGAGUUGUGAUAGCGAUGCGGAGACGUGGGCUCGGGAGCGCCGGAGCCGCCUGGUGAAAGAGCUCUCUAUCGUGGACUUCUGCGGGGCGGCCGAGCGUCGCUCGCGGCUCAGGGCCUUGCAACUGGAGCUGCAUCCAGACAAGCACGAUCAGGCUCGCCAACCGCACGCACAAGAGAUGUUCUUGCUGGUGCAGAGCCGCUGGGAAGAGGACGAGAAGGGCCGCAAGCAGCGCAAGCAGGCAGAGGCCCGCAAGGAGGAGGAGGAGCGCUUGGCGGAGGAGGAGCGGCAGCGCCAGCGGGAGGCGGCCAGGGAAGCGGCCAGAGCUCGGGAGGCGGCUUUGAGGCGCCAGCGCGACGCCGAGGAGGCCGAGCAGAAGCGGCGCUUGGAGGCCGCGCGCGCGGCGGCCCAGCGGGAGGAGCGGCGAAGGGCCGAAGCCGCAGAGGAAGAGGAGGCGCCGGCGCCCAGUGACCAGGAAGGCGCCCAGCUUGAUGAGGACGACGCGACGGACUUCUCUUUCGAGGAGCUCGUCGAGGAGCAGCACCGAGUGGAUGCGGCCCGAAGGAGGAGGGAGAGAGAGCUUCGCAUCGAGCUGGCGGACGAGAAACCGUCGCCAGAUGGUGAGGAGCCGGCCCCGGAGGACACCUCCGUGCAGGUGAAUAUCUGCGACAUUCAGGGCCCUCUGCGCACAAUUGCUGCAGAAAAGACCUGGCUGAGACCCAGCGGCAAGCUUCAAUGGGUCAUGAUCGUCGAUGUGAAAAAGCUACUGGAGCGGAGCGAAAAGGUGGCUCGGCAGCGGCAGCGCCUGCUUUUCGGCGACCGGGAUGCAGACGAUCUGGAGCUGGUGGCCGACCUGGCAGCGCGAGGUUGCCUGAACUUGGUGCUCGUGGUCUGCAUGGACAAGCAUUUCAAGUUGGAGCUUUUCGUAAGCGCUUUCCGGAGCAACUGGCGGACACUGCAGUAUGCUCCGGCAUCCCUGCGAGCCAACCCCAAGAUCGUGCGAAUGGCCGUGAACAGGGACUGGCAUGCCUUAGCACUGGCAUCUCCCGAUCUGAGGGAAGAUCAUGCCUUAGCACGGCUGGCAGUGCGAGGCGAUGGCCUGGCCUUGCAGGUGCUCUCCGCGAAGCUGCAGAACGAUCGGCCACUGGUGCUCACCGCCGUGCAGCAAAACUGGCUGGCACUUCAGUUCGCAUCCAUCCGCCUGCGUGGUGACCGGGACGUCGUCUUGGAAGCCGUGAGGCAGGAUACUUCUGCCCUGGAGUUCGCCUCCUCGCGCCUGCAGGGCGAUCGCUCCCUGGUCCUCCUAGCCGUACGCGUCCAGGGCGCCACGCUGCGCUUCGCCUCGCCAAAGUUGCAGGCAGACCUGGAGGUAGUCAUCGAGGCCCUCAAGCAGGACAGCAAAGCCAUCGUCCACACGGCCCCCGAGAUUCGAACAGAUCCCAAGCUGCACGCCGCCAUGCGAGGCAACUCCGAGGUGCUAAGAUUCCUGGGGUAUGACAACCGGGAUCGGAAGAACACGGAGCAGGAGCUUUUCGACAGGAAUAUGGGCAUCUUCCAGUGCCCCUACGACGAUGAUGACAUUGCUGCGGCCCUUCGGGGGGCCCGAUUCCGGUGA